CGGCGGAUCAUGGCGGAGGUGGGCCGGGCGGAGGUGCUCGACCCUGGCGCGCUGCUCCCGGGGGGCUUCUGGGCCGCCGUGGCCGUGUGGCUGGAGAGGCCGCAGGUGGCCAACAGGCGGCUGUGCGGCGCCCGUCUGGAAGCCCGCCGGAGCGCCGCCCUGCCCCGCGCUGAGGGCCGCGGCCCCUGGCCGAGCGCAGGCCGCGGACCGGAGGAGCGGGGAGCGGGACCCGGCCAGGGGUCCCCCGAGGGCAGCCCGAGCCCCAGACCGCGAGCAGGACCCGAGCGGGGCACGGCGGAGCGCGGACCUGGGGAGGCCCAGGGCCAGCGCCAGCAAGGCGAGGAGCCGAGGGACCCCGGGCAGCCGAGCAGGGCUGGGGUCGGGGAGGACGGCUUCUCCGCCUCGGAGCUGGAUUCUCUCUGGGGAGAUUUCUCCCGGAACCUCGCCAGCAGCAAUGGGGAGAUGCUGGCUUUCCUCGCCCGCUCCGAGGCCGCACCGCAGGAAGACGCGCCGCGCGACCUCGACGUGGUUCUUAGAACCAUCAUCCCGAAGACGAACCCCCAGCGCCCGCUCACUGCUCCGAGGAGAGAAAUGGUCGUGCAGGAUCCUCUCAGUGGAACCAUAACUUUCUUACCUCUGGAGGAAGACGCCGAGGGGAGUUUAAAGGUGAAGAGCAGCAAUGUGUAUCAGAUUCAGCUCCGCCGUGGCCAGCAGGCGUGGUUCAUAUCUGUUUUAAUUUUCUGUCCAGAAAGAUGGUAUUCCGAUGGCAUUGUGUAUCCGAAACCCACCUGGCUGGGAAAAGAACUGCUGGCCAGGUUGGCCAAGUGGUCGGUGGAGAGCAAGAAGAGUGAGUUUAAAAGCACUCUCUCGCUUGUUUCCAUUGCAAAGUACAGCAAGCUCUACCAGGAACUUAAAGAGGAGUAUAAAGAGAUGGUUAAGGUGUGGCCUGAAGUGACCGACCCUGAGAAGUUUGUGUAUGAAGACGUGGCCAUCGCUGCGUACCUGCUGAUCCUGUGGGAAGCAGAGCGAGCUGAGCAUGGAGUGACCAAGAAGCAGUCCUUCGUGGACCUGGGCUGCGGGAACGGCCUCCUGGUGCACAUCCUCCGCCAGGCAGGGCAUCCAGGCAGAGGGAUUGAUGUCCGAAGAAGAAAAAUAUGGGCCAUGUUCGGACCAGAGACGCAGCUGGAGGAAGGUGCAGUCACCCCCGAGGAUAAGAACCUCUUCCCUGACGUGGACUGGUUAAUCGGGAACCAUUCUGAUGAACUCACGCCGUGGAUACCUGUCAUCGCAGCCAGGUCAUCCUACCGCUGCCGUUUCUUUGUCCUCCCCUGCUGCUUCUUUGACUUUGUUGGGAAAUAUCCACGGCGGCAGAGCCAGAAGACGCAAUACCGCGAGUACCUGGAUUUCAUUAAGGAAGUGGGGCUGACGUGCGGGUUUCACGUAGAAGAAGACUGCCUUCGGAUUCCUUCAACCAAAAGAGUUUGCCUCAUUGGGAAGUCCAGGACGUACCCGCCCGCAGGGGAAGUUUCCAUUGACGAGCAGAGGACUCGGUACAUUCUCAGUCGGGGGGGUCGGCCGCUGCACAAGGAUCCUCCCUGCCCUCCCCUCAGGGGGCAGGAUGGCCCCAGAGCCCAGGACGCUGGGGCUGAGCCCGGGCCUGCAGCACGAGGGGCGGGCUCCCCGGCGGAGGGUCUCUGGCUGCCUGGGUUCCAGCCUCGAGCGCCAGCGGAGCGCGUGAGGAACUGUGCCACUCUCCCUCGCGACUUCAUCGACCACGUGGUUCUGCGGGUGGCCCGUCUGUUGUUGGAUGGGAAGCAGCCGAGCCCAGGAGAGGACUCUCGAGAUGCCGGUGUGAAGCCCUGGAACCCAGGAGGGAGCCUCUCCUUGGCAGAAGUCGCCAGCGAGCUGGACAAGGAGACGCUGCAGAGACUGAGGAGGGAGUGUGGGGGCCUGCAGACACUGCUGCGAAACCGCCAUCAGGUGUUUUCAGUUCUCAACGGGCGUGUCCGCCUCCGAGACUGGAGAGAGGAGCAGCUGCAGAGGGAGACGCGGCCGGGACCCAGGCGGGGGCCGGGCGCUGAGGCCUUCAAGACCCGACCCUGCUGGUUCUUCACACACCACCCGGACGGCUGUGCCCUGCCUGCCGCCCACUGCCCGUUCGCCCACGGGCCCAGGGAGCUGCGGCCUGCCUGGAGCGCCAGGAGGGCUGGGCAGCCACCGCAGCCUAUGGCCACCACGCCCGUUGAGGCCUGACGCGGCCCGGAGAAGAGACUGAGCGGCCUUCAGGGGCCCCAGUCCCCAUUGUUUCCCUGCUCCCUCCGUGCCGGGCCCCGUUCUAAGCAUUUCACGUUGCUGACACUGUCCGUCCUCGCCGCUGCCCCAUGAGGUGCCUCCACUCUGCAGAUCAAGACACCCAGGCACCAAGAUCACUGUCACUUGUCCAGGGUGGCCCAGUUAUCCUUCUCCUUCUCACCUUCUCUGGACAGCCUGGCCUCGGGGUGGCCUGGCCCCGGGGCGGCGUGGCCUCCGGGCAGUGGGGAAGACUGAACUCAGAAUGGCUGAGCUGGGUCGGCGCCGUCAUUCUAUCGCUGUCGUAGCGGAGGCGAAGCCGCGGUAAUCAGGUUUGUCUGUGGUGUUUCCUGUUCCCGUGGUGACCCAAAUGCUCUCCGUCAUCUGCUCAGGAGGAGACUGAUUUGGGGGUGAAGGGCUCGGCCUCCUGCUCUGCCAGCCGCCACCGGCAGGGGCAGCAUCCCGGAUGGGGCCUGAGGCUGGGCCGGCCUAGAGCGGGGAGGGGCCCCAUACUGAGGGAGAGGGAAGAAAGGUGGUGGACCCAAGUGCUGUAGCAACAAAGUAACACAAACUGAACCAAAACCAAACCCGCUGAUUCCGGCUCACAACGACCCUGUAGGACACAGU